AUGGCCUUGCGUGUACCCAAAAGCACUCUUCCUCAGCUCUUCAAAGAUGGAUACAAGUUUCAACAAGGCGUAGAGGAAGCUGUUCUCCGUAAUAUAGAUGCUACUCACGAGCUCUCUGAGGUUGUAAGAACCUCUAUGGGCCCUAAUGGUCGUAACAAGAUGAUCAUUAAUCACCUCGAAAAGCUAUUCGUUACUAAUGACGCUGCUACCAUCAUUCGUGAACUUGACGUUGUGCAUCCAGCUGCCAAGUUGAUGGUUAUGGCAUCUCAGCAACAGGAGAGCGAGUUGGGUGAUAACACCAAUUUGGUCAUCGUUUUUGCUGGUGAACUCUUACAAAAAGCUGCUGAUCUCUUGAAGUUGGGUCUUCAUCCUUCUGAGAUUGUGCAAGGUUAUGAGUUGGCUAGAGAUCGUGCUUUGUCGAUUAUCGAAGAGCUGUCGGUAGAUAAGAUUGAAUCCUUGACCGAUCGUGAUCAACUCUUAAAAACUAUUAAAGCCACUAUCUCUUCAAAGCAAUACGGUUAUGAGGAAUUUCUGGGAGAUUUAGUAGUUGAAGCAGCUUUGAACAUUAUGCCCAAGAAUCCCAGAGAUUUCAACGUCGAUAAUGUCCGUGUAGUCAAGGUAAUGGGUUCCAGUAUUCACGAAUCUCGUGUUGUCCGUGGUAUGGUGUUUGGCCGUGAACCUGAGGGUCUCAUUCAAAAUGCUACCAAUGCCAAAAUUGCAGUCUUCACUUGUCCUCUCGACAUUUCACAAACUGAAACCAAAGGCACCGUGUUGAUCCACAACGCACAAGAAAUGUUGAACUUUAGCAAAGAUGAGGAGAAGCAAGUCGAAAAGAUCUUCCAAGAUUUAGCUGAUGCAGGCGUCAAGGUGGUCGUCACUGGCAACGGUAUUGGCGAGCUCGCUCUUCACUAUUUGAACAGAUACAACAUCAUGGCUGUCAAGGUCCUCUCCAAGUUCGAUUUGCGUCGUCUCUGCCGUGUCAUUGGUGCUACUGCACUUGCUCGUUUGGGUACCCCUAUGGCCGAAGAAAUGGGCCAAUGUGAUAUCGUGGAAACAGUUGAAAUUGGCUCUGAUCGUGUCACUGUUUUCCGUCAAGAAGAAUCUGAGAAAUCACGCACAACUACUAUUGUCAUUCGUGGUGCUACACAGAAUCACAUGGACGAUAUUGAACGUGCUGUCGAUGAUGGUGUCAAUGUCAUUAAGGCUGCUACUCGCAACCCUCUUCUUUUGGCUGGUGCAGGUGCUAUUGAGAUGGAAUUGAACAAGCGUCUUCAAAUCGUCGCUUCAAAGACUCCUGGUUUAAAUCAACAUGCCAUCAAGAAGUUUGCUGAAGCCUUGGAGGUAGUUCCUCGUACACUUUGCGAGAAUGCUGGUAUGGAUGCAACCGCUGUCUUGUCUCGUUUGUAUGCCGCUCAUUACCAAGAAGGUGACGCUGGUUUGUGUGUUGGUAUUGAUGUCGAGAAUGAGAACGAUGGUACUUUGGAUGCUGCCAAGGCAAACAUCUUUGAUUCCCUCGCUUCCAAGUACAGCGCAUAUAAAUUGGCUGCCGACGCAGCGAUAACUGUUCUCAGAGUUGAUCAAAUCAUCAUGUCCAAGCCUGCUGGUGGACCCAAACCACUCAAGAAGGAUGGUCAUUGGGAUGAGGAUGACUAA